AUGGCUAUAGUGGCCAAAGUGUUGUCGAGGAAUGGGCAUCAAGAGGGCAAAGGCUUGGGCACCUCAUUGCAAGGAAUCGUUGAACCUAUAUCGGCUAUCCAGAAAGUAGGCCGUUGUGAGAGGUUGCCUAAAGGUCCAAGUGCCACGGGCGAUUAUCUUAAGUGGAGGACCGACAGGGACCAGGAACACUUAGCUGAGGAUUCAACAAAAUUCGAAGACAGCAACUCUCAUCGGGACGUCUUAUCAGAGGAAGCUAGCAAUCAUUUGGCCGAUUCCCUACAAAAGGCAAGCAUCAAAAACUCGCAACUGCAAAAACAAAUAGAACAGUUGGAGGGCCAACAGCAUAUCCUCAAGAGAAAAUUAAGGAGGCUCAGGGAAGAGGCUAGGACCAAGAAGAUGGAGGUUGAAGAACAAGAGAUACGGUGGGAAAAAGAAAGAAGUUCCCUCCAAGCUGUCAUAAAAGAAGUAGAAGUACGGAAUAGCGAGCUUCAGGAGAAGAUGAAAUAUCAGGAUAUACUCAUAGAGGAGCAUAAACAAGAAAACAAAAAGAAGAAGCUUGAACUAAAGGAACAAGCACAGCUCAUCAACGACGUUCUGAAGGAAUGUGCCAAAGAAAGAAAGGAAAAAGAAAGAAAAAUGCGUAGAAGCAGAAGAGCUACCACUGCACCAGAACGGGAUGUGCCAGACAAGGUCUCGACACAGGAUGACGCGCCUACCCCAAGGAGGCGAGGCAGGAGACCUAGAGCUGCUCGAGUAGAAGAGCAGCCGCCAUCAGUUCAGGAAUAG